UUAUUAUUUCUUACUUUCAAAUAUUUGAUAAAGUUAUCUAUAGUUUAGCAAUAGUUUAUUCAAGCAAAAAUACACUUAUCUGCAAUGGCCAAUCAAUCAUAGUCAAAUUCUGAUGAGUUGGCUCUAUAAUAGAUAAAUUAGGCUAAUGAAUAAUUAGAGGAAUUAUAAAAUUAAAUUAAAUCUAGAAAAGCUUUAUUAGAAGCGCUAGGUGGUGAAAGCAAAUUCGAUGAGGAGAAGUAUUUGAUUUUGAUAAAGACUCUAGAAAAUUCAAUGCAAGAAAAGGAAUAACUUGCAUAAAAAUAAUAGGAAACUAUCGACCAUCAAAUCUAACUCUUAGAUGAAAAAGAUCAAUUAUUAAAUACUAUUUAGAUCGAACUUUAAUCACUGAAAGAAGCAUCUGCUAAAUAAGUUGAAAGUUUGCAAUAAGCUGAUUAGCAAAUUAAUUAAUUAAAAUUAGAGAAGGAAUCUAUAAAUUAAAAUUUAUUGGACCUUUAAAAAGAAAAUACAGACAAAGAAAAAAACAUCAAAGAACAGGAAGAACAAUUACAAUCUUUACAGAAGAAGUACAAUGAAGCUGUGGAAGCAAAAAAUAGGAGAUAAUCAAUAGAGAAGAGUAUAAGUUCAACAAAAUUAAAAUCAAAACCAAGUAUGGCUUAAAAGAGCCAGUAUGAGAUUAUGCUUGAUAAAGAGUAAGAUAAAGGAAUUAUAUCAGAUCUUCAAUAGAGGAUUCAAGAAUUGGAAAAAUAAAAUUUCUAGCUUAAAGAACAAACAGGAUUUUAGAAAAUCAAAAUAGAGCAAUAUGAGUCUAGUGAAGAAAUUGUGAGUAUAAAGAAACUGCUGGAUGAAAAAGGAGAGAAAAACAAACAAUUAUAGGAGAAAAUAAUAGAAUUAGAAUCUUAAAUAGCCAAAACUUUGGCAGGCGAUGAAGAAUAAGGAGGAGAUUAAAAAGUUAAGUAAAUAGAGUAAGAACUCAAGAUUGUGUUAGAAUUAGAAUAAAAAAAAAAUGAAGAAUUUUGCAAUCAAAUAGAUAUUAUGAACUAAAAAAACUCACUUCUUGUUCAAGAAAUAAAAAUGUUGAAUGAAAAUAUGAGCUUUAUGUAGAAAAAUUAAAAUGAACUUGCUGAAUAAAAAGAUUUAUAGAUCAAUUAGAUGAUGCUUAGGUUAAGUUAAUUAGAACAGGCACUGUAAGAUAAAUAAAAUGAAAUUGAACUUUUACAAAAUGAAAGUGAAGAAAAGCUAAAGAAAAUACCUUAACUAUCUAGUUUGGUUUAAGAACUGAAUAAUUAAGUAUAAGCAUUAAAUUAGUAGAUAGAAGAGGAGAAGUAAAAACAUAUUAAGAAUGAUCAAGAAUACCAAAAUAAAAUAUAAAACUUGUCUCAUAAUUAUGAAAAUAAAAUUCAAAAUUUGUAGGAAAGCUAUACCAAAAUGAAAAAUUAACUAAUAGAAGAGAGAAACACUCAUAAGUCAAAAUAAGAAGAUUUCGACCAUUAACUCUUAGAAAAAGAACUUGAAAUAUAAAAUUUAAAAUCAGAAGUUGAGGUUAUGGAAAAAAUAAAGAAUUAGCAAAGUACACUCAUUACUAAUUAUAGAAAAACAAUUUAAGAGACAAAAGAAUAAAUUGACCAAAAAAUUAGUGAACUAGACGAGACUAAAUUCAUAAAAGAAUAAUAAGAUUAGGAUCUUGAAGAGUUGAGGGAGUAAAAUAACCAAAAAGAAAAUAAACUAAAAUAACUUGCUGCAAAAAUGAGAUAAAUUCAGGAUAAGCUAUCAUAAAAAGAAGAUGAAUCAAUAAAUUUUAAUAAGAUAAAAAUGAUGUUUUACAAUGAUAACGAAAGGCUGAAAACUAAUUUGGUAAAAGCUUAGAAAUAACUAUAAGAGUACCAAAAAAAGAUAUUACCUUAAAUAAAGAAAUCUCAAGAAGAAAAAGAUAAUGAAGUAAAAAUGGUGAGAGAUAUGCUUAAAUCCCAAUAAACACUUCUAAGAGUAAAAGAAAAUGACAUAAUUAGAAUGAAAUAAAAAAUUAGUAAACUUGAAGCUUUAAUAGAUGAGUCCAGCAACAUAAAUGAUAACAAAUUCCAUUAAAAUAACAGUGUUUUUUCUAAUAGGAAAGGAGAAAACAAUAAUAUCAAUCUACCACCUCUAAAUGAUGAAAAUUAAGUCUCACCACUUACAAGUAUUGAGUAAAUUAGAAAGUAGAAUCUUAAAAAUUAUCAAAAUAGAAUACUUGAAUAGCAGAGAAAUGUUUAGCUAUUUGGAAAGAAUUAAUUAAAGCAUAGCUCUUUGCCCUCUUCAUAUGCAAAUUAGAAUAUAUUUUAGUUCUAGCAAAACCCAAUAGGUUAGCAUAGUGUUUAAAAUAAGAAAACUAUGCUGAAUCAAAACCCUUCUGGUAACUGGAUUCCUUUUGAUGAAAAAACAAUUUAAGAAGGUAUAGAGGAUAUUAUUAAUUAACAAAAAAAAGUAGAACUUCAAAAAAAGCUUUAAUAAGGAUUUGGCUUACCUGAAAAAUAGACAGUUGAAGAUGAUUAGAGAUGGACACCAGUAUCUUCAAAUAAUGGAAGAGCACCAAGUAAUUACUCACUCAACAAUCAAAAUAUGUAGAACGACUCUCUUUUGAUGAAGAAAAAGAACUACAAUAGUGUUUUUGAUCUAGCUGCUACAAAAGAUGAUAUUAAAAAUGCCCAUCCUAAUCCUUAAUUUAGUCUUUCACCAGUAAGAGUAAAAAUACCAAGCAUGUCAAAGAAAGGAGGAAAUUAUAAAAUCAUACACCCUGAAGAAUAAAACCAAGAACAAAAAACAAGCAAAUUUGAAUAAAUUGAUAACUCUUCUACCGAUAAAACAAUAGAUAAUACACAUGAAAAAUAAAGGACAGCUGAAGAAAACUCUAAACAAUAAUCUCAUACAGAAAAUAACUCUGUAAGCUAAGCAGAAGAUACUCAUAAAGAUGAGGAAGAGGAUUAAGAAAUUGAAGAAGAAAAUGAAUAGGAGUAUAAUAAUUAAGAUGAAGAAUAAGAUGACGAUGAUGAUAAAGAAAAAGACAAUUUAAGUAACAACGAGGAAGAUGAUGAAGAUAAAUAAGAAGAAGAGGAAGAAUAAAAUGACGAAAAUGAUUAAGAUUGA